AUGUCGUUCGCCGGCGAAUCUGUCAUUGCUAACGGUCUGCUGCUGCUGCCGCCGCCGCCUGUGCCGUCGGCCGCGAUAUACUCCUCCAACGGCAGCUGGUAUCACCUGCUGCCGCCGCCGCCUGUGAAAGCGCAUCUGCACUUCAGUUUCGUUGACGAGGUUGACCAACAAGAGCCUGCACGCAUCCGUGCACAACAAGCAGACGAGUUCCAUCGCAGUGGCCUAGGUCAUGGUUGCUAUACUUUCAUAAAAGUAGAGGACCUUGAGCAGUCAAAGCAUUUCAAGGAUGACUCGUUCACCAUCAGAUGCGAUUUUGUCAUCCCGCAAGCUGCUGCUAACUUCAUCGAGGUCGGUGCUGAUGUGACAUUCGAGGUUGGCAGCGAGACGUUUGCCGCUCACCGGUGCGUGCUUGCGUCUCGUUCUGCAGUCUUUAUGGCGGAGCUCUUUGGUCCCAUGAAGGAAGGGACUACUACGGCUGGUGCCAUACAGAUACAAGACAUGGAGGCAAAUGUGUUCAAGGCCUUGCUUGGUUUCAUCUACACUGACUCGAUGCCCAAGAUGGAGGUUGAAGCACCAGAAGCUGGAUCUGACGUUGCGUGGCUGCAGCACUUGCUUGUUGCUGCAGACAGGUAUGAUCUCCAGCGGCUCAGGUCGAUGUGUGAAAAGAGGUUGUCGGAGCACAUAGACAUGAGCUCGGUCACAACCAUACUAUGUCUAGCUGUACAGCACCAUUCGUGCGGACUGAAGGAGGCCUGCCUGGAGUUCCUCAAAGUGCAAUCCUCUAAAGACCUGGGACAGAUUAUGGCGACCAGUGACUGGGAGCACAUUGCCGCCAAUCCCUCUGUUAUGAACGAGCUCGUCAUCAAGCUUGCUUCGAGAGUGUAG